AUGGCGCUCUUCUCCAUCCUACGCUCGUCUCCGCUGGCCGUCCCCGCGGCCUCUUCUAGCCGCCGCCCCAACCAUGGUGUCUGCCUACUACGCGUCAGCACCAGGGCCGCGCCGUCAUCUCUGUCCGUGAGGUGCGAGCAGAGCAGCAAGCCGGGCGGCGGCAGCGUCGUCGACGUGUGGGCGAGCCGCCUGGCCAUGAUGAGCUUCGCCGCGGCGGUCGUCGCCGAGGUGUCCACCGGCAAGGGCUUCGUGGAGAACUUCGGCGUGGCAACGCCGGCGCCGGCGUUGGCGCUGGUGGUGACGGCGCUCGUCAUCGGCCUGGCCGUCCUCUUCAUCGUCAGGUCGGGAGCGCAAGAUUGA